AUGCCUGAUAUAUUUGUUUUAAAUAAUAGUUACCAAGGAGCUGAGGGCGUCGACGAUGACAGUAAUGGAAUAAAAAAUGACAGUGACUUGAAAUCAACAGAAGAGGCAAUCAAAUUCGAGGAGACUGAUGAAAAAAACAGUAGCAAGCACGACAUGCUUUUGCUAAAAGAAGAUGGCCAAGCUACUUAUGUCGUAUCGUAUCCACCGGCUAAGUAUCGCUUCAACAGAGAAAUGCUAGAUAAACCCUUAUGCGACCAGUACACUAUGGAAUGCAUCGAUGUGCGCUUUCUUUUGAUUUUAUCCAUUUGCACCGUAAUCUGGCAUAUCGAGGUAGAAAACACGUAG